AUGACCCGCCCUAAACAGGCCUCGUAAGAGCGGAAGUACGAGCCGGAAGCCAGCCAUAGAGUUUAGCGGCCAGAGCGACUCUGCAGGGAGGUGGCAGGAAAGGCUAGAACAGCUGCCGGAGGUGACGGAGCGGCGGCCCCGCCCGGUGUGCUGGAAGACGAAGCUUCCAGGUAGCGGCCCGCAGAGCCUGACCCAGGCUCCAGAUAUCCUGAGCCCAGGUACCCCCAGCUCAGUGCAGCCAUGAGUGCCGAGGUGAAGGUGACAGGGCAGAACCAGGAGCAAUUUCUGCUCCUGGCCAAGUCGGCCAAGGGGGCAGCGCUGGCCACACUCAUCCACCAGGUGCUGGAGGCUCCUGGGGUCUACGUGUUUGGGGAACUGCUGGAUAUGCCUAAUGUUAGAGAGCUGGCUGAGAGUGACUUCGCUUCCACGUUCCGGCUGCUCACAGUGUUUGCUUACGGGACAUAUGCUGAUUACCUAGCUGAAGCCCGCAAUCUUCCCCCACUCACAGAGGCUCAGAAGAAUAAGCUUCGACACCUAUCAGUUGUCACCCUGGCUGCCAAAGUCAAGUGUAUCCCAUAUGCAGUGUUGCUGGAGGCCCUUGCCCUGCGGAACGUGCGGCAGCUGGAAGACCUUGUCAUAGAGGCUGUGUACGCCGACGUGCUCCGCGGCUCCCUGGACCAGCGCAAUCAGCGGCUGGAGGUUGACUACAGCAUUGGGCGGGACAUCCAGCGGCAGGACCUCAGUGCCAUUGCUCGAACCCUGCAGGAGUGGUGUGUGGGCUGUGAGGUGGUGCUGUCAGGCAUCGAGGAGCAGGUGAGCCGCGCCAACCAGCACAAGGAGCAGCAGCUGGGCCUGAAGCAGCAGAUCGAGAGUGAGGUCGCCAACCUUAAAAAAACCAUUAAAGUUACAACAGCAGCGGCCGCCGCAGCUACAUCUCAGGACCCUGAGCAGCACCUGACUGAGCUGAGGGAACCCGCCCCUGGCACCAACCAGCGCCAGCCCAGCAAGAAAGCCUCAAAGGGCAAGGGGCUCCGAGGGAGCGCCAAGAUUUGGUCCAAGUCUAACUGAAGGGACUGUCGUUUCUUCCCUGGGGAUGCGGGGUCCGAGCUUCCUGCCUGUCCUUUAGGAGUCCUCCGAGAGCCUUCCUGUGCCCCUGGUCAGCUGAUAAUCCUAGGUUCAUGACCCUUAACCUGCCUCUUCUCUCCCGACCCCCAAGCGUAGAUCACACCUUCUCUAGGGAGGAGGCAAGUACAAGUCAUGUUUUUGUUGGUACUUUUGCUUUAUGUGACUUUAUUAUGUGUCCCAUUGUCUCCCUCCCCCUCCCUGCCGUGCUCUCUCCCUGUUUCUUUAAAGUGGGGGGGGGGGGCGGCCAGUGUCUAUCCCUGUUUAUUAUACGUCAUGGAGUGGGGGGUGGGCUGCUGCUUCUCCAGCUUAACCCACGUGUGUUUCUUCUCGGACCACCCCGCCCCUGCAUGCCUACUCCCCGAUUUGUACUGCUUACCCCCAGCCUAUCUGGGCAGCAUCUGAAGAGCCAUAGGCCUUCCACCUUGGUUCCCACCCGGAGAAUUGUGGGAGCCAGUCUGCCGUUCUAGGAGUCACUGGACACUUUCAUCCUAGAAUCCUGUCACACCAGAGUUGUUUCCUUUCCUCUCUCCUCCUCUUGGGUCCUGGGGAUGCUGCUGCUUCAAUGACCCCAGAGCCGAAGAAGGGCAGCUGUCUCUUGAGAUGUUGAGAGAUGGCUCUUUCUUACCCCUGGCUAUCUUGGAAAGCCUGAUGGCAAUCCGGGAAGGAUUUAUACUUCCUUUUGUGAGUUUGGUGGGGAAGGGAAGGGGAUAUAUAGAUUGUAUUAAAAAAAAAACAUAUAUACAUAUAUCUAUAUAUAACAUGAAACCAAAAUAAAUUUAUGAGAAGUCUAUCUACAAAC